AUGGAUCCCGAUGCCUCAGAGGCCCCGCCUGUAGAUACCCAGGUUAAUAUCAAUAUAAGCAAUAAUAUACAUGGUGCCUUAGACGCAGCAAAAACAAAGACAGCCCAUCGUUUUGCUACGAAAACAAAGACCAGCUAUUCAGGUCAUGUUGAGCGAGGGAAGAGGUAUGCUCUUACUAUGGGCGGCGAGUAUUCAGCUGCGUUCGAUGAAUUAAGCGAAGUGACGCCGAUUGUCCUUCUGGCUUUUGUCGCCUUCAAGUGUGACCAGAACAGCCUGUCAUACAAAACCGCCGAGGGCAUUCGAAGUUCAUUCAAGCAAUACUUCAAAGAUCAAUUCAAAUGCCAGGGAAAUCCUGUUUACGACCAGUCAUUCGAGGACUACAUGCUCUCCCUUAAGAAACGCGACGGAAGGAAUGGUCAAAGCAAACAAAGCCUUGCCAUGAGUUAUAAAGAUUUAUCAAAGCUGAUGGAGCAUCUCCAAAAGCCAGAUGUCAUUGCAAAAUAUGGUGAAGGGUUAUGCUUGUUUUUUCAAGCGUUUGCUGCAACAGGCUUCACGUUGUGGACAAGAAAUGAGGAACUACUAAGACUUCAAGGAAAGGAUAUCGAGCUCAAUUUUAAGACAGAUUGUGGGCGACCAUACAUUAAAAUCACUCUAACUUUUCGCAAAACAAAUCAGGCGAAUGCUGAAAAAGCUAAUGUGUAUGAGAUCCAUCCACAACCCAACGAGCCCCAUGCUUGCAGCUACACCAAAUUGUUAACCUGGAUCCGUUGGAUGGAGAAAGAUAGCCGAGCACUCCAUCCUGAAGACUUUGUAUUCCCAUCGAUGGACACCAAGGGCCGUAUCAAACUCAAAGAGUCAUUCUCACAUCCGAAAAUCCAGUCUUUGUUGGAUGAAUUUACGGAAGAUGCAGAUCUCCUUACUGGACGUAACGGUCGAUACACAACCCACUGUUUCCGCCGCGGUGGGGCACAGCAUCGCUUCAUGUUUGCAAAGGAGAAAUGGUCCUUCAAGGCAGUGAAGUGGUGGGGCGGCUGGUCUGAAGGUGAAGGGGUCGGUACAGUCAUGCGAUACCUGUUGGAUGAGUUCAUCCGCUAUGAGGCCGGCUACGGUGAUAUGCUCUCUCCAGUGAAAAACGUUAGUCGACACGCCAUGUUUAUGGGAGAUCCUAACGCCACAGAAAUGGUAACUCGACAAGGACUGGAUACCGCGCUUGAUACCUUGCGGAUUGCGAUUAACACAGAGAUGACAGAAAUGCAAAAAGAAUUAAAAGAUAUACAAAAAGAAGUAAUGAAUCUUGGAACAGCAAUCACUCAACAAAUUCAAUCACUCUUUCAAGGUUCAUUGUUGCCUAUAGCUACAGCCAUUAAUACACAGCAUCCGGUGCCACGGUCACUGCCAUCGCUGGCGCAUCUUACUCAUGAAGAGAGCGAACCACCGGUGGCUCCUAGGAUCCCUGAUAUUACGCAUUGGAGAGAGGCAGUUAAGCAAUGGGAAGAAGGCGAUCCAGAAAGAGGCUUAGUGUUGGCGCUCCGUCACUGGACUCCAAGAAUGCGUGCCACAGAUCCCUCCAGGUACUCUCAGAGGAAGCUAAUUGGCAUCGAAUUCGCUCGACUAAGCAGAAACAUUUACAAUAUGCAGGAUAUCCACGGUGGAGCUCUUGAAUCUAUCAGCAACCUUAUUGCUUCCAUUCGUGCAAAAAAUAAACGGAGGGAACAAGAGAUGAAAGGCACCUUGGCCACCAAAAAAAGACAGGAAAGCGCAGCGCGGGAGGUGGAAGAAGAGGAAGAGGAAGAAGAGCCCUUGACAAGAAGGAAGCACCAUAAAAAGGCAUAA